AUGGUAAAUAGGAAUCAAAAUGCUGAUGAUAUCAUACGACAAGUUCGACGUGAUGAUGUGGCAGCGGAUAAUAAUCUAACAGCUAUAAUCGAGAGAAUUAUGGUUCGAAAUGGGGUAAAUUUUGGUCUUAGAAGACCAAAUUAUACAUCACCUUUGGCAGAAUAUGUCUUACAGACAGAUGCGCCCCUAAGGACCAAAAUCCCCAAAUUCACCAAGUUUGUCGGGGAUACUACUGAGUCUACUGUCGAACAUGUGGCGGGAUAUCUAAUUGAAGCUGGAGAUAUGUCAAAUAACGAGAAUCUUCAGAUGAAAUUUUUUCCAAGUUCUCUUACCAAGAAUGCUUUUACAUGGUUCACAACUUUUCCCCAGAAUUCGAUCCAUUCAUGGAACCAGCUCGAAAGAAUGUUCCAUGAACAGUUCUACAUGGGGCAAACGAAGAUAAGUUGGAAAGAGUUGGCUAGUGUCAGACGAAAAUUCAUUGGGCUAAUUGAGGAUUACCUGAAUAGAUUUCGAUUACUCAAAGCCAGGUGUUUUACGCAAGUUCCAGAACAUGAGUUGGUUGAAAUGGCCGAUGGGGGCCUUGACUAUUCGAUUAGAAAGAAAUUGGAUACUCAAUACCUAAGGGAUAUGGCCCAGAAAGAUCACGAAGAUUCAGGCCUUGAAGUUCCAUACUUCGAGGACACUGAGAUCGAUCUUGCUGAAUUGACACAGGGGCCACCAUAUGCAUGCAAAGUUUUGGCCCCUUCGAAUGGGAGAAACCCUGUAAAAAUUGAAAAGGAUUAUAGGUUUCCUAAGAAAACAUAUACUUUCGGCGUUACAAAAUGUGACGAAAUUUUCGACCUACUGGUUAAAGAUGGUCAAAUGAUAGUACCUUCGGGUGCUAAAGGAUCUGGUGCAUAA